AUGGCACAAAGACAUCCACAUAAUGAACCCUUUAGGCAUAAAGUACCGUCUGCAUCAAAAGGUUUUGUACAAGGUGCUCCUCGUUUCCACGGAACUUCACAUUCUCCAAGAAGUCCAGGUACACAUCAGCAUUCAGAUCUAAGUAAUGUCAGGACUUCCAGAAGCUGUGAUGACACUCAUAUGGCAAACAAAUGGGCAAAAGGUGUCAGAAAAGGCACCCCUAAACAACCACAGAUCUUGCCCAAUGAUGUACUGGAAGGUUUUCUUGAGGAGCUCCAGUACGUUUGGCUGGAUGAUCACAUCAUUGGGAAGAAAGCCAAAGGAGAUGCUGUUUACAGAAAGCUGGUCAUGUUUCUCAUCAAUGGCCCAAACCCUUGGGAAAUUGCUUUUUACUUAGUGACCCAUGCUUCCGAUUAUGAACAGGCCAAAACAGUUACACUGUCAUUCACAAUUCUCGUGGAAUUUCAGAGAUGGGUGAAUUCAUCGGAUAACUAUCUUCGUGGGCGAGAAAAUGAAUUUUUGACUGCAGAUUUGCAGAUUCAGGUUUUUUAUGCUACAACUGGCAGACAUAUGGCUUAUUUUAAUGCUGCAGUGACAGCUUUUAGGUUAGACCAUCCUGGCAACGACUUCUUUGUUCCAGUGGUACAGGCCUUUCUUUUGCGGAGUAAACUUACAGAGGCUGCUCACAUUGUAGCCAAACUUGGACUUCAGUCACAUUUCUCCCAGAAUGAGAUACUUGUCCCGCUGCUGCUGACAGAUAAAUCAAAUGUGAUUGAGAAUUACGUCAUGGGCAACCCAGAACAGCAAGCCAUCAUCCUGUCUCUGCUAGACCAUCUGUGUGCUCGCAACACAGACAUUUUGUCUUUUGCCCAAAGCAGUGGUAUCAAGAACGUCAAGGGAGAGAAGCUGAACAAAAAGGUGCUGAGUAAAUUUGCCAUGCGGUUGAUGAAACUGUACGACAUCCCCCCAGAAGCUUGUCCCAACAUCUCUGAGAACAGAGCCAUGGGAGCAAUCAGGUAUCUCAUGUACAAGCGUUACGUUGAGAAAUCUAUUGGUUAUAGUGGCUGGGAUGACAUGGUUGAGAGUGCAGUUGGCAGAAACGACAACCUGAAGCAACAACUGAUCUUGGAGCUGCUUGGGUACAAUGACAUCACAGAGGCCGUCAAGUGGGCGGACAGGUACAGCCUGCCGGAUUGUGUCCUGGACCCUUGUGUAGUCGAAGCCAGGGUUCAGCUAAGAAAAGAAAGAGCACAACUGGCAAAUGAGCAGCCUAAUGAGACCAAGGUGAUGGAUGUGGAAGAGGACUGGGAUGAGGAGAUUGAACAGACACAGAGCACCACAAGUGUCUAUUACACCAUGCCUAUUUCAGAGAGUCAGAUCACUGUGGUCGACACAAAAGAAAAAUUGCUGUUGUGUUUGGACAGACUUCAGAAGCCACAGACAAUAGUCGGAAUAGAUGCUGAAUGGAAGCCUUGCAUGGGGACAGCUUCGGAAAGAGUGGCCCUGUUGCAGCUUGCGGUGGAAGAUCACGUCUUUCUGGUGGAUUUUAUGGAGCUCAGCCCCAACAUGGGGGAGGAAGAGUGGGUAGAGUUGACAGAAACCAUCUUCUGUGAUGAGGCAGUGUUGAAAAUAGGUUAUGGCCUGGACACAGAUUUGAGGAUGUUGUGUAAGACUUUUCCUUGUAUGAAAGAGCCAUUAUUGAGUCUGACCAAAGUUAUUGAUGUGGAGAAACUGGCAUCUAAGGUAAUUUCUGAGUAUCAGGAGCCUACCCCUGGAGAAGCAGCUGCUGAUCAUGAUGGUGUCGCUAAAGAUCAACCCGAAG